AUGCUAGGUCCAGCCGGAUGUCGUCGUGAGGUGAGCCCCGCGGGGCGGUGUUGCUGCAUACUAUGUGAAGAGGUGAGGCAAAGCGUAGAAGGCGCCUUUGAGCGCACUGCCAGAUGUCUGUCGUUGAGGGAAAUGGCAUCAGGUCUGAAUUGGGAAUUCCUUAUCGACGCCCCCCGCGGAAUUCGUGCUUUUCUCGGAGAGUCGUUGAGGAGUUCGAUGACAAAGCUAUAUAUACUGCACGGCAUGCUCACGUGUGUCACGGACCUAUGGACCUAUCAAUUAACGAACCCCAUCAUCAGCAGCCGUACUUCCAUUAGUACGUACAUUAUAAUACCAUAA